UCCCUCCUUGCUUGGGCCCAGGGGUCUGGACCAGCAACAAGUUAUUACCGCAGACAUGGACCUGGGAGCCAGAGGCGGCCCGGAGGCCCGGGGACCGUGAACCACUGGGCAAGGCUGCAGGACACCCGGUCACCAUGGGGACAGUUGCCCUGGGUCCCCACUGGGCAGUGCUCCUGUUCCCUCUCUUGGUGUUUGGGGUCCCCACUGAGGAGCCCACCACUGGGGGAGCUGUGGCCUCCAGCUCCCCUGGGGGUUGCCGACAGUGCUGUGAUUCCGAGGACUCCUUGGCCCCAGCUGAUGCUGCAGAUGAGGUUGUGGCCUCUCCGUCUGCCCUCCCAUACAUCCUGCCUGAGGUCAGGCCCUACAUUAACAUCACCAUCCUGAAGGGUGACAAGGGAGACCGAGGUCCACUGGGCACACCAGGGAAGCUGGGCAAGGAGGGUCCCCGGGGAGACCGUGGCUCGCAGGGCACCAAGGGUGCCAAGGGGCAGGUGGGCAGCCCCGGGGCCCCAUGCCAGAAGCACUUCUCUGCCUUCUCAGUGGGCCGCAAGACAGCCCUGCACAGCAGUGAGGGCUUCCAGCCGCUGUUCUUCGACACAGUCUUCGUGAACCCGGACGGGCACUUUGACAUGGCCGCCGGCCACUUCGCCGCCCCCCUGCGUGGUCUCUACUUCUUCAGCCUCAACGUGCACAGCUGGAACUUCAAGGAGACCUACGUGCACGUCAUGCACAACGAGGAGGCGGCUGUUAUCCUGUACGCGCAGCCCAGCGACCGCAGCAUCAUGCAGAGCCAGAGCGUGAUGCUGGCGCUGGCGCCCGGCGACCGCGUCUGGGUGCGGCUCUUCAAGCGCGAGCGGGAGAACGCCAUCUACAGUGAUGACGUAGACACCUACAUCACCUUCAGCGGCCACCUCAUCAAGCCCGAGGACGACUGAGUGCCCCUCGGGGCACCCACCCCCUUCCGGGGACUCGUCUCCCAGCUGGACAGCUCAGGCCCUGGGAAAGCCAAGGUGAAGCAGACACAGUCCUGCCCUCAGUUGCAGAGGGAGACCGAUGGGUACAGAAGCUUGAACCAGGACCAGAGAAAUGCAUGAGGCUCUCAUCAAACUGGACCUGUGUCCAGUGGCUUAACACAGGCCUGUGUUUUGGUUAUUCAGGCUUCGUGGGGUUCUCUUCACCCUCCCCUCUCCAAGGCUGGUGGAACAGGGUUGUAGUGGGGUGGGAGGUUUGGGUCCCUUCUCCCCUCUCUUACCUAGUGCCCAUCACAGAGGGGUCUUGAUGAGGUCAAGGAGUCUGUGAGGAGAGGGCCCAGGGGGUUGGGUCAUUUGGGGGUGAAGAGGUCCCCAGGAAAUAGAGCCAGCAUCCUAGCUCCCUCACAGGCAUCAUGGUAACCUGUGAGGACUCCUCCCCUCCUCCCCAGAUCUCCAUCCCUGCCCCUCCCUGGGCUCUCUCGGGGCCUUGCCAGCCCCUCCUGUCCAAGGCACCUGAGCCUCGGUUCUCCCAGAACUCACAGCUGAUGUCAGACACAGACAUCUGUCCCCAGGUGCUCUCUGACACUCCUCGGUCCGUCUUGCUAUCCUAGUGCCCCCCUGACUCUCCCGGCUUUAUCACGGUGCUAUGGCCCUGGUGGGAACUUCCGCCUGGCAGAGCCCGCCUCCGGCCUGGUGCUGCCCUUAAAGGCCGCUGGGUUGUGGGCCAGGACGGAAGGCACCAGUCUUCGGACCCCCCAGCAGGUCUGGGGAACUGAAGUGAGCAACAGUCCAAGCCAGUCGGGGGUCCCUCCUCUGAGCCACGUUGUCAACAGAGAUGCUGGGAGAGGCCCCUUGCCCUUCCCCCAAUCUUCCUGAAUCCUAGUGGAGAAAAGGGGCUAUAGCCCAUCAUCUCUCCAAGGAAUCUCAGGCCAAGGUGGCAGGUGGAUCCUGGAAUGAGGAAGGAGGGGGGUGGUGUUGGGUGGCCUGGUGGCCCUCCAGCCUUCCUCUGCCCCCACUCCAGGCAGCCUGACCUUCUCCCCAGAGGGAGGUGGCCUCCACUCAUUGGUGCUCACACAGGCUCUGGGGCUGAGGUGGCCCCAGGUGGUUGUCUCUGGUGCUCACAGCCAAGGGAACCACGGCUACGUGGGGUCAGGACCUAAGUGCCGCAAAGGCCAGUACUACAAAAACCACACCAGCAUAGCCCCGACCCCCUGCCCCCCUGCCCUGCUUUUCUAGCGUGAUUAAAGGUUACUGUGUUUUCUUGGCAA